AUGGCUUCCAUCCCUUCCAACGCUGCUACGGUCAAUGUCGCCGAGGAAUCCUCCCUUGUCGUGGAUGAUGCUGCCAACGACGAUCCCCGCAAUGAUAGCGACAACGCCUCGCUCGACGCCUCUGGGUCGGAAUUCACAUCUCUGCGGUCCAGCAUCCUCGACUAUCAAUAUGAAAAUGGUCGCCGCUAUCAAAACUACCGUAAAGGAGAAUACUUGUUUCCCAACGAUGAUGAGGAGCAGGAUCGGAUGGACUUUCUCCACCAUGUGUAUGGUAUGAUCCUGGGUGGAGAACUGCAUCUUGCGCCUAUCAAGAAUCCCCAGCGCGUGCUCGACAUUGGCACCGGCACCGGCAUCUGGGCCAUGGACUUUGCAGAUCAAUAUCCGAGCGCAGAAGUGGUUGGAAACGACCUGAGCCCUAUCCAGCCGGGAUGGCUGCCCCCCAACUGUGUCUUUGAGAUCGACGACUUCGAGGCGGAAUGGGAAUAUAACCGACCGUUUGAUUAUGUUCAUGGCCGUGAACUGGCUGGUGCAGUGAAGGAUAUCAACCGGUUGGCUGAACAGGCCUUUAACAACAUCAAGUCCGGCGGCUACUUUGAGCUGCAGGCAUUCACAGUCAAGGUCUAUUCUGACGACGGGUCUCUUGAAGAGCGGGGCCCGUUCACUGUCCAGAUGUGCGAAUUGAUCGCACAGGCCGGAGAGAAAUUCGGCAAGCCAAUGCAGAACAUGGAUACCUGGCCCGCCGCGCUGGAGGCGGCAGGCUUCUUGGAUGUCAAGACACAGGUGUUCAAGGUGCCCUUCAGCCCGUGGCCCAAGGACGAGAAGCAGAAGAACAUCGGGCGCUACUGCCAGUCUGUACAUAGCCAGGGCUUGAGCUCCUACCUGCCCGGCAUCCUCAGUACCACUCUUGGCUGGACGGAAUUGGAGACCACAGUGAUGGUGGCCAAGGUGAAGAAUGAGCUUAAGGAUCUGAGUGUGCACCAGUAUAACAAGCUGUAUGUGAUUUAUGGCAGGAAGCCAUAG